AUGGCAGGCUUCAAGGACGAUGUGUCCGCCGUCAAUGGUCUACAAGAAGCAAGCAGCCCAGCCAAACUCUCAACCGACAUUCAGGUGCAGUCGAGCCAAUCUAUUGAGGCAUUGAAAGAUAUCCUAUAUGGAUCAACGGCAGGAAUACUGGGGAAGUUUGUGGAAUACCCAUUCGAUACUGUCAAAGUCCGUCUACAAUCUCAAUCACAUCAUCCUGGAGGCCAAUCAUUAGCAGGGCCAUUCGAUGCCUUUGCUGCUGCAUUUCGAAGUCCUGAAGGCCCACUCGUGUCUCUGUACCGGGGAAUUAGUGCCCCGUUGGUAGGCGCGGCUGUGGAGACCUCUUCACUGUUCUUCAGUUAUCGGGUUGCCCAGGACUUGGUCAUUGCCAGCACCCCCUCCUUGCGACGACAGCGAGAGCAAGGAAAUGAGAAGGUCGAAUUGCCCAUCUCUGCCCUUCUCGGUUGCGGUGCCGCCUCCGGUGCAUUCACAUCGCUCCUUCUCACCCCGAUUGAAUUGAUCAAAUGUAAAAUGCAGGUCCCAGCGACUCCUCAUAUGGCUUCAGAGCUGGGUUAUUCCAACCCGAAGCCACCAGGUCCAUUGCAGCUCAUCCGGGCAGUAUUCAGGAACCAUGGCCUGCUGGGUUUCUGGCAUGGUCAGCUGGGCACUUUGAUACGAGAAACUGGCGGCUCGGCAGCAUGGUUUGGCUCUUAUGAAGGCGUGAAAAUGUUAUUCCUCCGAGCGGAUUCCUCGCUUUCAAAAAUAUCAGACGUCAAGGUCUGGCAACAAAUGCUUGCUGGUGCUGCGGCAGGCAUGUCGUACAAUUUCGUCUUCUAUCCCGCAGACACUAUAAAAUCUCGCAUGCAGACUGCCACUGUUGACACCGUUGGAGCAAAGCAGAUGAGCUUCGUCACCACAGGCCGCCAACUGUGGCACGAGCAGGGUUUGAGGGGUUAUUACCGUGGCUGUGGCAUCACAGUUUUUCGAUCUGCACCUAGCUCUGCUAUCAUUUUCAGCAUUUACGAGGCAUUACGACGAUAUUUUGGCUGA